AUGGGAUCAGACCCCCAGUAUGCCAAGUGGCCCUUGCUGCCGCUGUCCCAGCAUGUCUUCACACUCACAAACGCCUACGCCACGAGGACGGCCCAGCAGGCCGCCGUCAAGGCGCUGCAAGACGCCAUUGCCGAGGACAAGAUGGCGCCCUUUUAUCGCUAUCUGGCGCACCCCAUCGACGGCGUCCUCAACGCAGUGGGCGAGGGCGGAUCGUCGGCACCCGGGAAGCCUCUGAGCCGAAAGUCGAGCUUGGUAGGCAUGGUGGCGACAAAGGCCACGGCCACCAACGUGAACCUGCCUUGGAACGAAGACCUAUACUCGAGGCUCAAGGAGGAAAACGACAAGGAGCUGGCCGAGUUCCAAAAAGAAGAGGACGAGGCCGUCGAGCAGGCCGGAGACACCGAAAUCAUGGCAGCCAAGGGCAAGAGGGCAGAGUUCUGGGCUCGAGUGGGAGACAAGGACAAGGCGAUUGCUGCGUACGAAAGCGUGUUUGAGAAGACGGGCAUUUUGGGCACCAAGAUCGACAUUGUCCUUGCUAAAAUACGCAUGGGCCUUUUCUACGGCGACAAGGCCUUGGUGAAAAAGUACGUCGAAAAGGCAAAGGCUCUGGUCGACUCGGGCGGUGACUGGGACCGCCGAAACCGGCUCAAGGCCUACGAGGGCCUGCAUCUCCUCACCGUCCGCUCCCACAACCUCGCCGCGCCCCUCCUGCUCGACUCCCUCUCCACCUUUACCAGCUACGAGCUCUGCACCUACUCCAGCCUCGUCGUCUACUCGGUGCUGGCAGGCUCCGUGUCGCUGAAGCGCGUCGACUUCAAGUCCAAGGUGGUCGACGCACCCGAGAUCAAGGCCAUCAUGGGCGAUGGCGAGGACAAGCUGCUGGCGCUGAGCGGCGCCCUCAGUGCCGGUCCGGGCGCCGACGACACCAUGGGCGACCAGGCGCCCCAGGCUGCCACCACAACGGCCGUCAACCUGACGACCCUGGGGACCAGCACCGAGCAGCCCGAGGCCGAGAUGGCCAUCGACUUUAGCCCGCUUGCGCUGCUGGUCAGCAGCCUGUAUAAUGGAAAUUAUAAGACCUUUUUCCAGUCCCUCGCCGAUGUCGAGGAGCAGUUCCUCAACCAAGACCGCUAUCUCCACGAGCACAAGAACUGGUUCAUCCGCGAGAUGCGCCUCCGCGCUUACCAGCAGUUGCUGCAGAGCUAUCGCGUCGUCGGCCUGGAGAGCAUGGCCAGCGACUUUGGCGUCACCGUCGACUUUUUGGAUCGUGACCUUGCGAGAUUCAUCGCCGCCGGCCGCAUCCCCUGCACCAUCGACCGCGUCUCGGGCAAGGGCGUCAUCGAGACCAACCGCCCCGACGACAAGAACAAGCAGUACCAGGACGUGGUCCGCCAGGGCGAUCAGCUCAUCACCAAGCUGCAAAAGUACGGCCAGGCUGUACGGUUGAGAGGUAGCGAGAGGGCGUGA